AUGUCUGUAGAAGCCAAGUCUCGGCCUGCACGGCAGGAAGGCUCCUCUUCCCCUGAAUUAUACAACGACGUCCUGAAGAAUGCCGUGAAGCACAUUGCCAUUCUCGCCUCGAGGAAGGAACUGCAGGAUACCUCGCACAUUCUUGAUGAAAUCGAUCAACAGAAAGAACGCAUCGCGGUCCUGGAAGGCGAGCUCGCCAAAGCUCAGGAAGAACACGAAACCCAGGAACAACACACAAGAGUCACAGUCAGCAAAAUGUGUACUGCGAACCAUCAUUUGACAGCCGAGAAAACAGAAGCGCAGGCAAAGAUUACAUCUCUUGAGACAUCUCUGGCAGAGAAGGAUACAGAUCUAACUAAAUCCGCCCAGCUAAUGGAAGGCCUUCAAAGCCAGAUAAAUCAGUUGACGUCAGAAAAAACGGAAGAGACAGCGAAAGUAACACGCGCUUCUCGAGAAAUAACGUCCCUUCAGAUUACUAUCAAGGAGAAGGAUAAGCUGAUUGACAAAAUGAAGGGUGCUGGUUCAAACCUGAAGGAAUUGCUUGUGUCCGAGAAAAAGAAAAACGACGCUCUCGAGGAGGAAAAGAAGCAUCUCGACGAAGAAGCGAAGAAGUCCCGGACGCAGCUUCAAAAGCUCGAGAGCUUUACCAUUCGAUUUUCCGAAAAAAACGAAGAAUCCAUGAUCGACGCAUUUUCAGCUCUGUGGGAUUAUGCCGCCGACGAGCUGUAUACAAUCUUGGGCCAGAAUCUCACCCUCGAGGCUCUCAAUGAUAAAGAAAAAUGGAACAAAUUUCGAAGAGAAAGCGAGAAUGCCGUGCGACAUCAUGCCCCUCUGCUUGCUUCGAAUUCUGUCCCCGCCAAAGGGAUGCGCCUCGCCGUGAUCCUGGGUAUUCUUGCCCGAGAGAUCAACAAGCACAUCUUCCAGCCGAACUAUCUUCUUUCAGAGGAUUGUCAAAUCCGGGACAUUCUGAGCCAGCUCGCUAGCGAAGAUAGCGAGAAAGAAUCUUUCUGUCGAGCAAUGCUUCUCUCUAUCGAGACCGAGACUCAACGGAGCUCCGUUCAGUCCAGGGUGCAAGCUGUGGUGAGGAAAGUUGCAUCACACCUCUAUGAGCUACUCUCCGAAACCCAAUAUAGCGAGCUGCGACAAGUUCUAGCAAAGAUUGUGGAGAGGGCGAUCGAGAUAUGGAUCCCCAUCCAACAUUCCAAGAACAAGUACGAGUCAGACUUUGAUCCACACGAGUGGGGAGAUCAAGAGUGCAGGCCGUUCCAUUUCCCAACUGGCAAUGAUGCUCACAGCGAAAUCGUCUCGGAGGUCUCCGUGGACAAUCUUCUCACUGUUGUUCCGCGCAUCUCGCUACUAAGGGACAACCAUCGCUACCCUCGAACCUGGGUCAUUAAGCUGAUCAAACAGGAAAGGCUAUGUGCGCUGGCUGAGCAAGAGAUGUAUCAAGAAACUACCAGCCCCACAAAAGAUAAAAUGGUAUCGAAUGGUGCGAGGCGGCAGUCCAUUGCUAAGGGCACCACCCAUCCCAACGGGGAGUCUUUUUUAGGGAAGCAGUGA